AUUAAAUCUCGGAGCGGAAUCAUGUUCCCGGUCCGGACUUUAUUAAUUUUUCUAUCCGUCCUUAUUUUACUUGGCGCGGCUGAACAAGCUGAGUUCGAUCAAAGUAUUGAAAAUGAAAUCGAUUUUGCAGAUGAACAGCCGAAAUGCGGUGAAGGCAGUUUAAUACCUCUGGAACUGGACUUUAACAUUACUGAUGGUCAAGCAGCCCCUGGUGAAUUUCCGUGGACAGUAGCUGUGCUUCAUCAAAAGGGAUUCCUUAGUGGUGGAUCUUUAAUUGCCCCAGAUGUUGUGCUCACGACCGCUCAUUGGAUAUAUAAUAAGUUGGCGAAAGAUCUUUCCGUCAGCGCGGGUGAAUGGGAUUAUGGAAAUGCUUUAGAAAACUAUCCAUUUGAAGAGCAAAAUGUGGGGAAAAUCGUAAUACACCCGUUAUUUGAUUUGAAAAGAGGAGCCAAUAACUUGGCACUUCUCUUUCUGGAGAACGAGUUCCAAAUAACGCAACGGACUAAUACAAUCUGCCUGCCCACAGAAAAAAGAUCCCUCACCUCCACUCGCUGUAUGGUGGCUGGUUGGGGUAAAAAAGAAUUCAAGGAUAAGCAUAACACAAGCAUCCUCAAGAAAAUCGAUUUACCCAUAGUGCCCAGGGACAUCUGCCAGGAUCAAUUGCGACAAACCAGGUUGGGCAAAGCCUUCAACCUACCUUCGGGGCUCAUUUGUGCCGGUGGCGAGGAGGGCAAGGAUGCCUGCACCGGCGAUGGUGGAGGAGCACUUUUCUGCCCAAUGGCCGAGGAUCCAACAAGAUUCGAGCAAAUUGGCAUUGUCAACUGGGGCGUGGGCUGUAAUCAGAAAAACGUUCCCGCCACUUACACAGACGUUUUUGAAUUCAAGUCUUGGAUUCUUAACCAGUUGCUAAGUCCUAUGACUAUUUCUGACAGUAAUUAAUUUAAUUCUUGUAAAUAUGUUUAUCGAAUCAAAUAAAUAAUGAUCUGCUCAAUGUUUAUAA